AAUUGCAUCUUGAUCCGUGGAAAAGAUUCAAGAAACACGUCGCCGUCGCCAUGUCAUGUCAGCAGCGGACGCUGGGGGCGCAUUGGACUCGUUGCGCCAGGUGGCUGAGCUGGGUGAAGUGCUUCCGUCACCGGAGGAGGCCUUGAAGCUCUACUUCGCAGCACGGCGGUUGUCUCAAGAGGAGCGAUGGGAGAACCUCUCGGUGGUGCAAACCAGUGGUGGCUGGGCGAUCCGCGCUGCGCACUUCACGGAGGACUUCGAAGACUUCCGCUUUGAGAUGGUGAUCCCUUUGCUCUCGCACGAGACCAUCACACUUCGCACUCACGAGGAGCGAUGCCAAGAGCUGGGUCUUCAGGGCAUCUUCUACGCUUUGCUGGACGCAGAUGGAAGUGUCGUUCUCUACGAAGUGCGGCCGCCGGAACUGUGGUCACCGAUAGAUCAGCGGCGUUCCGAUGAGCCCUUCCUCCAGCCGGAGAUUCUGGCCCAGCUGGCACAGGAUGCAGGAAAGGAACAAAACGACAAAAUGGAAAAGGCAGGCGAAGCAAAGAAGAGGAAGAGGAAGAAAGACCAGUGAAAACGAAAAACCGAAGACCUCGGUCCCAUGCGCGCGGAGAACCUCCCCGUGCUCCGCUUCACAAAGGUGACCGACCGACUCGGUGUGGACGGACCGCUUCAAAAAGAGGUCCGGAGACAGCUGGCUCAGCUGGUUGGUUCAGAAGUUAUGGCCAAGUGCUGACGUGGCUCGUUGUGGCUCAGUGACCAUAGAAAGUGUCAUGUGGC